ACCGCCCACAGAAAAAAUCUAGUGUUGACUAAAGAUUAGCACUGAAAGUUGUUUUCUUCACAAAAUUCUUCUAUCUGAUUUAAUAUUAGAUUUUUUAAACUGGUUUGACUUAAGACUAGCACGUUAACGUAUUAAAUUCUUUGACCUAUUUUUUUCCUUUUUUUUUCUCUGUUGAUCUAUAUCUUUCUCAGUUCAUUGAAGAACAACCUUGCAUCUAACUUCCAGUUCUAGUUUGCAUCUUCUCAUGGGUCGCAAUAAGCUUGUGAUGAAGAAAAUUGAGGAUCCAAUAUCCCGUCAACAGUUCUAUUCAAAGCGCAAGGAUACCAUUCUUAAGAAGUCAAAUGAGUUGGCGGUCUUAUGUGAUACAGAUGUUGCGUUGUUGAUGUUUUCUCCAGCUGGUCAAGUGACCAUCUAUUCUAGCAAAGAAAGUGUUGAGGAUAUCAUGGUCCGUGCAAUGAACAAGUCUGUGAAUCAGCGACUCAUACCAAAUCCAAAUGAACAGCUUUUGAUGCAGAGUCUCACACAGUCAAAAUCUGAAGGCCAAAUGGUUGGAAAGAUAGCUAUUGCUGAGGCUCAUGGGAAGAAGCUUAAUGAGCUCAAAGAAACACUACGUGAAGCACAACAGAAAAUAAGGUAUUACAAACCGCAAGUGGAGAAUAUCAGCUCAGUCCAAGAAGCUGAUGCAUAUGCGCAGUUCCUUAGGAGUAAUAUGGAACAGAUUCAACAAUCAAAAGCAAAACUCUUGGCUGUCCAAGGAUUUCUCCAGAGAAAUGAAUAUCCCGUGGUCAACACAGAGGAUACGGCUGCUGCAGGAACCAGUAGGGGAUGGAAGUUUUGAGGAAACAGGCCGGAUCACGGUGGAGAAGUAGCUGCGGGUGUCCAACAGCUGCAGCAGGAAUAUAAUUAUGUUAAGAACUUAGUAGAAUAAAUAACUUGUCCCAAUCAGGCAAGCAAAAGUAUGAAUAAUGUUGCAUAUAGCUACUAUGUAAUGCAACUUUUAGAAUAUGACAUCAAAACAUAGGUAUUGUGUUUUGAAAUAGAAAACAGUUUGGUUUUUA